AUGGUGCAGCGUACGGUCGCCGUCGCUGUCGUUAUACUCUCUGCAUAUGUUGCUGCUCAACCAGGUCCGACUUUCCAGUCGACCAUAUUCGAUCUACCUGCCGAACUUCCAUCAGAGGACUAUGCAGUACUUUCACAAAUGGAGGAUUUACCUACACAAAAGGUACCCCAUCCGUUGAAGACUAAGAAGAUCAACAAAGCUGCUUUGAACUUGCCUGCGGUCGAAACGACAGCGCCAGCUGCUGUUCAGCCUCCUCCAGUUCAACCACUUCCGGCACCACCAGCGUUGGCUACUCCAGCUCCGUUCACUCUUCCAACACAUCCGACCUUCCCACCAUUCACUCUGCCUACACACCCAACUUUCACGCUGCCCACUCAUCCCACCAUGGCACCAUUUACUCUUCCUGGUGCUGCUCUUCCUGGUGCACCCACCCCACCACCACCACCAUUC